GAUUUCAAGUUGGUUUUAUGAAGUAGGCGAGAGGUGACAAUUAGCAGCGGUAACCGGUGGUGCAGCUGUGGGCCAGAAAUAAAAAGAGUAAAGUGAUAUUAAACCAACCGGAAGCUUUCAGUGCAAUGCACUGUAAAUGUGUGAAGGCAAAUAAUUUUUUUUGCGUAUAUUUAAAAAUUGCUAUGUGUAAUUUUAAAACUAAAUUUGCACACAUGACGCAAUAGUGAAACUUCAUAUGAAACAGCUAUCACCGACCCGCACCCCUUUAAUGUUCUAAAUUGAUAGAUUUACGAAGAAAAAUAAUCAAAAUGGUAGCUGAUAAGGAAAACGUAGCCACUGCUAGCAGUGCAGUUGAAGGUGAGGCGACUUCGAAGAAGGCAGCGAAGAAACAAGCGAAAGAAGCAUUGAAAGCUGCGAAGAAAGCUGAAAGUAAAGCUGCUAACAUGGCUGCCAACGGUGAGGAAGCUGGUGAUGCCGUUGAUGUAUCGGCUGGGCGUUAUGGCUCUACUGGUCUUAUACAAUCGAAAGAAAAAUUUGAGGAACGCAAAUUUGUAUCUGUAAACGAAUUAAGCCAACCGGAAUAUAGAGAUCAAGUAGUGUGGGUGCGUGGUAGAGUGCAUACAUCUCGGGCGAAGGGAAAACAAUGUUUCUUGGUCCUGCGUCAACAAAGCAGCACAGUGCAAUGUAUUCUAGCUGUGAACGAACGAGUUUCGAAGCAAAUGGUGAAAUUUAGCGGAAAUGUAAGCAAGGAAAGUAUUAUCGAUGUGCAAGCUAAAGUCGUUACUGUGCCCAAUAAGAUCGAAUCGUGUACUGAACAAACAAUUGAAUUAUGUAUCGAGCAGCUCUUCGUUGUAUCGCUGGCCAAACCGCAAUUGCCACUACAAAUAGAAGAUGCCUCCCGACCUGAAAAUGCCGAUGACCCGGAAGGUUUAAAUAUUCGCGUUAAUCAAGAUACUCGUUUGGAUAAUCGCAUAUUAGAUUUACGCACGCCAGCGAAUCAAGCGAUUUUCCGUUUGGAAGCUGGCGUAUGUCGUUUAUUCCGUGAUAUUCUGACUGCUAAAGGAUUUACCGAGAUCCAUACCCCAAAAAUUAUAUCAGCUGCUAGUGAAGGUGGCGCAAACGUAUUCACCGUCAGCUACUUCAAAGAAUCCGCUUAUUUGGCCCAAUCACCACAGUUAUAUAAACAAAUGGCUAUUGCUGCUGAUUUCGAUAAGGUUUACACCGUUGGAGCCGUUUUUCGCGCCGAAGAUUCCAAUACACAUCGCCAUUUGACUGAAUUCGUUGGGCUCGACUUGGAGAUGGCUUUCAAAUAUCAUUAUCAUGAAGUCUUGCAUACCAUUGCUGAUACAUUCACGGGUAUAUUCAAGGGUUUACGUGACAAUUAUAGCCGAGAAAUAGAAGCGGUCAAUCAGCAAUUUAAAGCGGAACCAUUUAAGUUUCUCGAACCACCACUGAUAUUGGAAUUUGCGGAAGGUGUAAAAAUGUUGCGUGAAGCAGGCAUUGAAACUGGCGAUGAGGAAGAUUUGUCAACGCCCAAUGAAAAAUUAUUAGGCAGACUUGUGAAGGCUAAAUACGAUACUGAUUUCUAUGUACUUGACAAAUUUCCACUUGCCAUUCGUCCUUUCUAUACAAUGCCCGAUCCGAAUAACCCCAUCUAUUCCAACUCAUAUGAUAUGUUCAUGCGUGGCGAGGAAAUUAUUUCAGGCGCGCAGCGUAUUCACGAUCCCGAUUUUCUUGUAGAACGUGCAAAACAUCAUGGUAUUGACAUCACAAAAAUUGCUGCUUACAUUGAGUCGUUCCGUUUCGGUUGCCCACCACAUGCUGGCGGUGGUAUUGGCAUGGAGCGUGUUGUCAUGCUCUAUCUGGGUCUGGACAACAUUCGUAAGACUUCAAUGUUCCCACGUGAUCCCAAGCGACUGACGCCUUAAGCAGCUUGAUGGUCGAUCAAAGUGCUUGAAAACGGCAAGAAAUUGGG